AUGAUGGCGCAGUAUGUCGGCCGUACGCGAUUUGCGCCGGCGACGAUUCUUUUGCUGUUUGUUUUUGUGUGCGUCGCCCAGCUAGCGAAUGCCGGCGCGUCGACCUCGACAUCGUCGGCGACGGCGGCGGUGACGGUGACGGUGACGGGGACGGGGACGGGUGCAGUGACGGCGGUCGACGACGACGGCGACGACGACGACGACGACGUUCGGCCGCGCGUGCUCCAGAUUGCGGUGAACUCGGUGGCGGUCGUCCCGUUGUCGCCGCUGCCACCCGGUGCCAAUCCCGCCGGCGACAAUCGUCGUCGAGUCCCUCACGUCGAGUUCCUGGGCGCCGGCCUCGGUCGCGAUCUCGCGCCACGAUGGUCGCCGUCGAGCCGCGAUUGCCCGCGGGACGCGGGCAACACUUUGGACGCGGUGUGGACGUCGUCGGCUGGCGACCGCGCGGUCUACAGAUUCCGGACUGUUCCGGACGCGAAGAUUGCCGACGUCUAUUUUUGCCUGAGAAACGGCAGCGACGAAAAAUGGAGCAACCUCGGCGAUCGCAUCUCGAUCAAGUGCCCGGUACAAUCGGAAAAGUACUCUCGUGCGCGGCGCGACGGCCCGUUCGACGACAAUUCGAAAGUCGCCCCGGACAACACGGGCGUACAUAUCGAAGGGCUGCGAAUAGACACGGCCGACAAGGAGCCCAGUCACGACGAGCGGGGUAUCCCGCGGAUUCUCGCCGGGACCAGGGCGGUAAUCCGUUUGUUCGGCACCGGUUUCACGAAGGACACUUUGAUCACCUUCACCGACGUGCCGGCGAAAAGGGGCGUCGUGUGCGACAAAAUCAAGAGCGACGAGUUUCUGGUGGAAAACGUGGAGAAGACUACGGCGACCAUUCGCGUAGUACUCCCCCUGGGAUCGUUGCCGUUUUACGUAUGCGCAAAACAGCCGUUGUACGAAAAAGAGAAAUUCGGGAAGGACGAGAAGGACGUGCUGUUCAAGCACCAGGGCACCGCGCUGUACAACGCUAUCAGCACAUAUGAGAAAUUUCUACCGCUCUGGCUCACUAUCUUGAUCAUUCUCGUUUGUCUCAGUUUGUCCGCACUUUUCUCCGGUCUCAAUCUCGGUUUAAUGGCGAUAGAUAGGACCGAAUUGAAAAUACUCGUCAACACCGGUAGGGAAAAGGAGAGAAAAUAUGCGAGAACUAUUCAGCCAGUAAGAAAUCACGGAAAUUACCUUUUAUGUUCGAUUCUGUUUUCCAAUGUUCUUGUCAAUUCGAUAUUCACGAUAUUGCUGGAUGAGUUGACAUCCGGGAUUGUCGCUGUUAUCUGCUCGACAUUAGCUAUUGUCAUUUUCGGCGAAAUCUCGCCGCAGGCCAUUUGUAGCAGGCACGGAUUGUGUGUCGGCGCAAAGACUAUCUAUCUGACUAAAUUGACAAUGCUAAUUACUUUUCCGUUAAGUUAUCCAAUCAGCAAGUUGCUCGAUUCCAUUCUCGGUGAAGAAAUCGGGAAUGUGUAUAAUCGAGAACGCUUGAAAGAGCUGAUCAAGGUAACGAGCACCGAUUUAGAGAAAGAUGAAGUAAAUAUAAUUGCAGGAGCGUUAGAACUGCGGAAGAAGACCGUAGUGGAUGUUAUGACGAGAAUCGAAGAUGUAUACAUGUUGAACUAUAACGCUAUUCUAGACUUUGAAACCGUGUCUGAGAUUAUGAAAUCAGGGUUCUCACGUAUACCGGUGUACGAAGAUGUAAGAACGAACAUAGUAACGAUGCUGUAUAUCAAAGAUCUUGCUUUUGUCGAUCCCGACGAUAACAUGCCUCUCAAAACGCUAUGCCAGUUUUAUCAAAAUCCGUGUAAUUUUAUUUUUGAGGAUGUUACGUUGGACAUAAUGUUCAAACAAUUCAAGGAAGGUCACAAAGGUCACAUGGCUUUUGUGCAAAGAGUUAACAACGAAGGCGAGGGCGAUCCGUUUUACGAGGUGAUCGGUUUGAUAACGUUGGAAGAUGUUAUUGAGGAAUUGAUUCAGGCUGAGAUUAUUGACGAGACAGAUGUGUUUACGGAUAACAGAAGUAAGCGUAAAAGGCAGGUUCGUUCGAAGAUGCCGACGGACUUCACUAUAUUCGCGGAGAAAAAGGAAAACCAGCGGAUUCACAUCUCGCCACAAUUGACGCUGGCGAUGUUCCAGUACUUAUCAACAACUGUGGACACGUUUAAAUCCGACGUUAUAUCGGAGACGAUUCUGCGACGUUUACUGAAGCAAGAUAUUAUUUAUCACGUUAAAGUGAAGUCGCGUGAGAAAGCUAAAGCCGAUCCGGCCGCGAUAAUUUAUCAGCAGGGAAAAGCGGUCGAUUAUUUCGUGCUAAUUUUAGAGGGUCGCGUUGAAGUGACGGUCGGAAAGGAGAACAUGAUGUUCGAGAGCGGCCCUUUCACGUAUUUCGGCUCGCAGGCUCUCACCGCCAACAUCGGAAUCGCCGAGUCGCCCACGAACGCGAACCCGCAGACGGUCGGGAGCAUUCAGUCGGUCAAUUUGGAUUCUAUGCUGCGUCACACCUUCAUACCGGACUACACGGUGCGCGCGGUGACCGAGGUAUUCUACGUGAAAGUCAAGAGAUCCCUGUACCUCGCCGCGAAGCGCGCCACCCUCCUGGAGAGAAGCCAAAAGGAUCCGCUGCCUAGUCAGGAACAGUUCGACGAUGAAGUGGAGAAGUUGCUGCAUUCACUGGAGGAGGACGAUCGCAGUGUACCUGAAUCUCCGAUAUUGCCCGCGGACAGACUGACGGACAGCGAGCGGGGAAAGGACGCCGUCACUCACUCGCCCAUACGCAGCGUCACGGCGCCGACGUCGCCGCUUCCGGUCAGCGCCAGUCCGAUCACGAAUUCGAAGUUCAUCUCGCCGCGGAACGAUGGAAAAAUCAGGAAUUCAACAGCGAAGGUACAAACGAGCCCAGUGGAGAUGCAACUUAAACGCGACUCGUUGAGCGCGCUCGAUGCGGACGUUCUCGCACGGCAGUCCGAGAUGGCACGAAUGUCGCCCGCCAUGAAGAAGCUGAGCGGCGACGAGGAACGAACAAAUCUCUUGCCUAAACAGGAUAACUCUUAACGCUUGCAGAACGGCCGACGGCACUCGCUGCUGUCGGCGAGGUCGGUGACGUUG